UCGAGAUAAAGCUCGCAAAACGUUUUAACGCUUACACCCAAACUUCUAGGAAACGUAAAGGAAAACGUGCUAAUUUUAAUAAAGGAGGUACGGCUCGUUUAAGGUGCAGAGAGGGCACGUUUCGCGUGCAUAAAAUUUAUGGAGAUGGAAAUUGCAUGUUCCGUGCGCUCAGUUAUAUUCUUUGGCAAAAUGAAGAAGAGCAUCAAUAUUUACGUAACACGGUUGCUAAAUAUAUAAAGAAUAAUUGGCACGAGUAUGGUGCUUUUGUAAUGGCCGAGUGGAAUAUAUCAAAUCCUGAAGAAUAUUAUGAGCAUAUGAGAAUGGUUGGGACGUUUGCAAGCGAGCUCGAAUGUACGGUAGCAACGAAGCUUCAUCAUAUGAAUCUUUCCAUCUAUCGUGAGAUCGAAGGCAAAGAUGAAUUAGAACGUGUUUUUCACAGUCAUGUUGACUAUUAUUACGAGACUGCGAGGUUGCUCUUCACCGGACUUUCAGAAAGUGGUCAUUAUGAUGUUUUACUCAACGAUUAACUAUAUAUUUUUUUUUAGAGAAUUUUUCUUUUUUUAUUAUUAUAUAUAUGUGUGAAAGGGGAGAAAUAAAACAUUUUCGAUGU